CUCCACCACCGCCUUCUUACCCCCCAAGAACCCCCCUAAUACUCCCCGGCAGGGCCACCCACGAGCUUACGUCCCUGUUCACCCUAUAGAGUCGAUCUUAAUUCCGAGCAAAAAGUUGAUCAAUAUGGCUGCUCAAGUAAUCUCCAAUUCCGGACACGAUGAGAUGAUUCACGAUGCCGGCCUGGACUACUACGGCCGCAGAUUGGCAACAUGUUCAUCGGACAAAACGAUAAAGAUCUUUGAAAUUGAAGGAGAGACACAUCGGUUGAUUGAGACAUUGAAGGGACAUGAAGGAGCUGUGUGGUGUGUGGCUUGGGCGCACCCUAAGUUCGGAACUAUCCUCGCUUCCUCUUCGUACGAUGGAAAGGUGCUCAUCUGGCGCGAACAACACCAGAACGCCACGUCACCCGUCGCUGGCGGCGCUUGGACGAAGGUGUUCGACUUCUCUCUACACACCGCUUCAGUGAACAUGGUAUCCUGGGCUCCUCAUGAGAGUGGCUGUCUCCUGGCUUGCGCCUCCUCAGACGGACAUGUUAGCGUUCUCGAAUUCCGUGACAACAGCUGGACUCACCAGAUCUUCCACGCCCACGGUAUGGGUGUGAACUCUAUCAGCUGGGCGCCUGCUGCCGCCCCUGGCAGCUUGAUCAGCUCCAACCCCGGACCGGGCCAGCAGCGGAGAUUUGUCACUGGUGGAAGCGACAACCUGCUGAAGAUCUGGGACUACAACCCGGAAACCAAGACCUACAACAACACGCAGACUCUGGAAGGCCACUCCGACUGGGUCCGGGAUGUCGCUUGGUCGCCUAGCGUUCUUUCCAAGUCCUACAUCGCCUCUGCCUCUCAAGACAAGACAGUCCGGAUCUGGACUUCCGAUGCGUCAAACCCUGGCCAGUGGACCAGCCAGCAACUCGAGUUCGACACUGUCCUCUGGCGCGUCAGCUGGAGCCCUAGUGGAAACAUCCUUGCUGUGAGCGGUGGCGAUAACAAGGUCAGCUUGUGGAAGGAAAACCUCAAGGGACAAUGGGAGAAGGUAAAGGAUAUCGAGGAGUAGGCUUCAGAUUUUCAUUUCCCCUAAGUUUCAUUUUUCAUAUCUUAUGUGUGAUAACGGAUAAACUGGGUUCCUGCCAUGUAUUUCAUCCGACCCCGACGUUGUCAAAAAUCAAAAACGAGCUCAAAAACAGG